CAACAAUCAGGUUCUGAACUUUGGUCUGCAACGAGUUUAUAAACCUCGCACCACUGAAGGGUUUAACAGCAGCUCAGCGGCAGUACAUUCCCGCCCCCCCAUCACUCCGUCAAACUCCAAUUACCCAGUGCCGCGCCCCCCAACGCCUCCGGCGGUUUCUUCCUGUGCUUGGUUACCGCCGCUGCCGAGAAUAACAGGAGCUGGAGAAGCUAAAAGGAUUUCAACAAACGCCUUUGAUGUGUGUAUGAAAUUGUUCCAUGCUGUUUUCUACAAUCAGGUUAGUUUCCCGCAAAAAGCUCUCAAAAAAUCUCCAAUUUAUCCGAUUGAAGUCAGUUCCAUCGCUUGCCCAUUUCACUCCUUACUUUUCAGAUUCUGGUUCUGAGGACCUGAGUCCCAGUUCAAGAAACGAUGUUAUUGUAUCAAAAUGCAGUAACAGCAGCCAUGAUAACAUUUCAUUGGAGUUAAAUUCAUCUGGGGUGGUUCAGGUUCUGAAAAAUAUGCAAAACGAACCCAUUUCUGCAUUAUCCCUAUUUAACCGACUGAGGAUACAGGGGUUUAAACAUGAUGUUAAUAGUUAUUUGGCUAUUAUUAAGAUACUCUGUUAUUGGGGCUUGGAAAGGAAACUGGAUUCUCUGUUUAUGGAGGUUAUAAAUGUGAAAAAUGGGCAUCUGUGUUUUGAGGUGCCGGAGUUGUUGGAGGCAAUGGCGGAGGAGUUUAAGGCCGACGGACCAAGUUCACUGCUUCGGGCUUUUGAUGCACUGAUCAAAAGUUAUGUUACUUUAGGAAUGUUUGAUGAGGCCAUUGACACUCUUUUUGAAACAAAAAGGCACGGUGUUGGGCCAUGUUUGUUGUCAUGUAAUUUUUUGAUGAAUAGGUUGAUUGCGCAUGGGAAGGUGGAUACAGCUGUUGCUAUCUAUAAGCAGUUGAGGACUCUUGGGCUGAGUCCAAAUGUAUAUACUUAUGGGAUUGUAAUUAAGGCAUAUUGUCGAAAAGGUUGCUUGGAAGAAGCUGUAGAGGUGUUUCUGGAAAUGGAGGAAGCUGGGGUGGUGCCUAAUGCUUUUACCUAUGCAGCUUAUCUUGAAGGCCUCUGCAUGCAGGGUAGGUCGGAUUUAGGCUUUGAGGUUUUACAAGCUUGGAGAGCUAAGAACGUACCAAUUGAUGCAUAUGCUUAUACUGCUGUGAUUCAGGGCUUUGUUAGUGAAAAGAAUCUUAAGAAGGCGGAGAUUGUUUUACUUGACAUGGAAGAACACGGACUAGUUCCUGAAGAAGCUAAUUAUCGUUCCUUGGUUCAGGGGUAUUGUGAUUCUGGGGACAUAAUUAAAGCUUUGGCUAUCCACAAUGAGAUGGAGGCAAAAGGUAUCAGAACCAAUUGUUUGAUUCUCACUUCAAUUCUUCAGUGCUUGUGCCUGAAAGGCAUGCAUUCUGAAGCAGUUGAACAGUUCAGGAACUUUAAGAAGUUGGGCAUCUUUCUUGAUGAAGUCACAUAUAAUGUUGCCAUUGAUGCCCUGUGCAAAAUAGGGAAGUUAGAUGAGGCUCUUAGAUUGUUCGAUGAGAUGAAGUGUAAAAAGCUGAUACCAGAUGUUGUGCACUACACCACUUUAAUAAGCGGUCAUUGUCGCCACGGGAAGAUUUUUGAUGCUAUAAACUUAUUUGAUGAAAUGAAUGAAAAUGGUCUGAAAGCUGAUGUCAUUACUUAUAACGUCCUCGCAGGUGGAUUAUCUCGGUACGGUCAUCUGGACGAGGUAUUUUUCCUCCUUGAUACCAUGAAAUUGCAAGGCUUGACUCCCAGUGCAGUGACACACAACAUGAUCAUUGAAGGCCUAUGCUUGGGAGGAAAAGUGAAGGAAGCUGAAAAAUAUUUCAGUAAUUUGGAAGAGAAGACUACAGAAAAUUAUGCUUCCAUGGUUAACGGGUACUGUGAAUCAAGCAAGGCAAUUGAAGGCUAUAAACUUUUUCUUAGAUUGCUCAACCAAGGAAUUAUAAUAAAUAGAAGUUCUUGUUUAAAACUUCUUAGCAGCCUCUGUUUGGAAGGUGAAAAUGACAGAGCUAUUAAGCUGUUCGAGGUUAUGCUUUCUUCAGGUGAUGGGCCUAGUAAGACAAUGUAUGGCAAGCUUAUUGCAGCUCUAUGUCAUGCUGGAGAUAUGAAAAAGGCCCGGUGGGCAUUUGACCAUAUGGUUGGAAGAGGAUUAUGUCCAGAUGUAAUAAUGUACACCAUAAUGUUGAAUGGUUACUGUCAGGUGAAUUGCCUGCGUGAAGCCCUUAGUCUUUUCAGUGAUAUGAAGGAAAGGGGAAUUACUCCUGACAUCAUCACUUAUACUGUCUUGCUUGAUGGGCAUUGUAAAAUAAGUUCGAAAAAGGCUCGAUCUCAGGAUGAUGCUGAAAAGCAUAUGAAAGUGAAGCAGGUGGCUUCAGCUUUCUGGUCUGAAAUGAAUGAGAUGGAAUUAAAGCCUGAUGUUAUUUGCUAUACAGCGUUAAUUGACAGUCAGUGCAAAUCGGACAACCUUGAGGAUGCUAUUUGCCUUUUCAAUGAAAUGAUUCAACAAGGUUUACUGCCUGAUACUGUCACAUACACAGCCCUCCUAUCUGGCUAUUGCAAGCAGGGAGAUAUGGAGAAGGCCUUAACUCUUGUGAAUGAGAUGUCAUCUAAGGGAAUACAGCCAGAUAGCCGUACUAUGUCAACGUUGCAUCAUGGUAUUGUGAGGGCCAAGAAAGUGCAGUUUCGACAUUAAAUUCUCACAGAUGAAUCUAUGGAGAAGAAUGAUCCUCCAUGAAGAAUGGUGCGGCCUGCAGUCACCUGAGAAACUCACUUCAUUUGUAUACUACUGGGCUUCUGAUACUUUAUUGGCUUCAGUUUCAGGAAUGUCGCGUUUUUAUCUAGUUGAGGAGGAGCCUAUGUGCUUAAGGCUGUGACUGCAAAUUACUGGGGACCAAUUAUGCAUGAUUCCCUUCUGGCCAUUUUUCCUGAGAUGUUAUUCAUGGAUCGGGAGUUCCAUUUGUAUUUUACUACCUAAGCAGCAGAAUUUGCUCGGAGCAAUGGUUUGUUGCAAAUGGUACCAAUAGGUUGCUGGGAAUGAUCAAGUCGUUCUUACUUUGUUUUGUCAUGUAUGAAGACAGCAUAUAUGAUGACAGGCCAAAUCUUCUGCAAGCUGCUUCAAUAUAAUUGAAGAAAGAAGAUCAUUGAGUAAAAGGAAUAAACACAAGAUGGGCACCAGCACAAAUUAUUCAUUUACAUGCGAAAGAUCGACAGUAAUCCCUUCUGGGGAUCUUCAGUUUCUGUCUCAUAUCUCUUCGAAAACUUUAUUUCAACCUAGAAGAAAGCCUCGACUUGGAUCGAGAAUUUGAUUACCUGAAGUUCAUGACAGAGGGACCUCAUUCUUGGAAACAGGAUAAUAGAGGAAACCAGUCUGCAGGAAUUAAAUUGCUCCGAAGGUCAGGAAAGUCUCAGGGGUCGUGGCAAACUCACUCUUUAGUAUCAACUCAUAUGAUCUCUCCCAGAACCUACUCAAGAGAGAAAAUCCAAGUCUGAAGCAUGAGGCAAGAAAGGCAGGGGCAGGACAAUCUCAUGAGACAGGUAUAAUACUAUAUAGGGUAAAUUAGGGUCAUAUUCCUCCUUUGGUUUGGCUUACUUAGAAACAUUCUUGUUAGAUUGAAAAUUACAAUUACCCCACUUGAGGUUUGUUUCAUCUUACAUGUCAACCCAUCUGUCGGGUUCUGCUACAGAGAUGGAUAAAAAAAUAAAAUAGGUGUCAGAUGUAAGAGUCUAUAUUGGAAAUAUUAAAAAAUAGCACAUUAAGAUGUUAGUUGAAGACUGAAUUUCAAUUUUAAGAUUAUAAUUUUUCAGUCAUUAUA